CUGCAUUCAGGAAAUAUGUCCUUGUGCUAUUUGCGAGUACCUGCAUAUACCCGCAUACAACCAUUAAAGUGUUACUAAACCCAGGACCCUGCAUUCACUCUAUAUGAUCUUCCACAGACCCUGCAUUCACUAUAUCUGGUCUCCCACAGUACACACAGCAUGGAAAUGCAAUUAUUUUAGUAAAUAUAAACUGCUAAAUACCUUUUCUCGUCAGCAGUUAGAGCAGUCUUGUGACUUCUAUCAGUGUGCAGCAGAGCACUGGUCAAAGCUUGUAGGAGGAGUUUCUUUCUGCUCU